AUGGGAACAGGCUGGGAACUAACCUCGGCGCUUAAAAGUAAAAUCUUUCAGUAUGCAGCUCAUAAUCAAACACCAGUAUCACUUCGUCAAAUGGUUCAGUUUGGUCCUAGUCCGUCUCCAGGAUCAAUUUUCCUUGCCCUGAAAUUUAUUGUUGAAGAAUUACCUAUUCGAUUAGCGAAAAAGGUUAAAGAUUUAGAAUACGCCCCUCAAGGUUUGAAUGAAUCACCGUCCACUAUUAAAGUCAAGAAUUGGUAUGCUCAGUCAUUUCAAGAAUUGACAGAAUUGCCGAAACCCAAGAUUGAUGAGAAAUUGGCCCUGAUGUUGUUCAAGAAUGGGGUUCAUCGGUAUGAGGCCGAUGAGCUGGGGGAAUUACACCAUUCUACCAAUUAUGAAGACAAUCCUGCUAUAAAUAACGUGUUUAGUGAUGAUGGAAUGGUUCUUAGACAAACACACCAACAUGGUUAUGGCCAUGGUCACAGUCAUAGUCACAGUCACAGUCAUAUUCAAUCAUCACCUGCUAUUCCUGCAAAGGAGAAUUCUCCAACUUUUGGAAUGACAUAUUUCAAUCCUUGUCCCAUGAAUAUUAUUUGGCCCCGGGAAGUUUAUGCUUAUAACAAGUUGGUGUGUGAUGCUCUAACCAAGAUCAAAUUGAGACAUGAUGCCACUGUUGCUACCAUGGCUCAAGGUGUUCAAGAAUGGAAAGAACGAAAUAAGGCUGGAUCAAUUAUCAAUUCUCAAAUUCAAACAUUUCUUGAUCGAUUCUACAUGAGUCGUAUUGGGAUUCGGAUGCUUAUAGGUCAACAUAUUGCUCUUAAUAUGUCUCAGAGUUCACCUACGAAACAAAGAAUCAAUAGUUUUCUCAAUGGGACCCAAGGUAAUAACCAAACUAGCAAUAGUAGGUUGAAUUAUGUUGGGGUUAUCUGUACUGAUUGUAAUGUGGCUGAAAUUGCCGAAGAUGCAAUUCAAACUGCUAGUUAUAUUUGUGAAGAGUAUUAUGGAUUGUUUGAAGCACCAGAAAUUCAACUUGUUGCUCCUCAUCACGCCAUUAAUUUCAUGUAUGUUCCCGGACAUUUGAUUCAUAUGUUAUUUGAAACGCUAAAGAAUUCUCUCCGUGCCACCAUUGAAUUCCAUACCCCACUCCUCAAGCAGAAAAUGAUUGAAGAAAACCCGGGGAUGAAGUAUGAUGAUAUUGAUCUUAAUGAUCUCAAAUUUCCUCCUAUCAAGGUAAUUAUUUCCGAAGGAAGCCAAGAUAUUACCAUUAAGAUCUCGGAUGAAGGUGGUGGGAUUGCCCGGAGAGAAGUUCCAUUAAUUUGGACAUAUUUGUACACAACUGUUCAUGAAACUCCUAAGCUUGAGCCUGAAUUUAAUCAAACUUCUUUCAAAGCACCUAUGGCCGGGUUUGGUUACGGGUUACCCAUUAGUAGAUUGUAUGCCCAAUAUUUCGGAGGUGAUUUGAAAUUAAUUUCCAUGGAAGGUUAUGGUACCGAUGUGUACUUACACUUGAACCGUUUAAGCAGUUCAAGUGAACCAUUGCCAUGA